CAAAAUACGUGCCAACUGUCAAAAUUAUAUGUGAUUAUCUUCUUUAGAAGUACCUGCCGGGAACCGUUUAAUUAACGAACUCAUCCUUUUUUCUGUUUAGCGCCAUUUUUUCCCAUUCUGAAACCGAUAAUGGCAUCUCUAUCCGUAUGUGCUUCUUCUCAUCGUUUUUGUCCAACUCAAGCUCGCCUGAACACACGAAACCCUCGUGUUAGCUCUCCGAGAAGGCUAUCCCGCAGCUCGAACUCUAAACCCAAACCUCGACUCAACUCUGAUAGGUUGCCACCGCGGCCGCCACCACCCAUUAAUCGAUCCGGCGGUGGGGAAGCCACGACUUACACCCGUCUUCCACCUAAGGAAGAUUUCUUCGAGUAUUCCUUCGAGUCCCCAAAUCGGAUUCCAAGCGAAGUAAAGCUCUCCGAGUCGACUUUGGAGAAUAUUGCAGAGAAAAAGAUCUCGACUCAUGAAAAUGCGUAUGCGAUGGAUGAGUCAGACAUUGAGGAGGAUGCCUUUGAUACCGAAUUAGGGUUUGAUUAUGAAGAAAUUGAGUUUAUCGACGAGGAGUUUGCUUCUGCUGAUGAUGACAACAGUGGCGAAGUGAUGGGGUUCGAAUGCGACAAAUCCGACAGUGAGAGAGAUUUGACAGAGGGAGAGAAGGAGAAAGGAGUACCGGCAGUGAUGAGAUGCUUUGACCGGGCAAAAAUUUAUGUGAAGGCUGGAAAUGGCGGGAAUGGCGUUGUGGCCUUUCGGCGUGAGAAAUAUGUGCCAUUUGGUGGGCCGUCGGGUGGAGAUGGGGGUACGGGAGGAAAUGUUUAUGUUGAGGUUGAUGGUUCAAUGAAUUCUCUGUUACCAUUUCGCAAAAGCAUCCAUUUUAGGGCUGGGAGAGGGCACCAUGGACAAGGAAGGAAACAGGAUGGGGCAAAAGGAGAGGAUGUAGUGGUAAAGGUGCCUCCAGGGACUGUGAUUAGAGAAGCAGGGAAAGAAGGACCCGAAGGGCAACUGCUUCUGGAGCUUCUGAAUCCUGGGCAGAGGGCACUGUUGUUACCUGGUGGGCGGGGUGGGAGAGGGAAUGCUUCCUUUAAGUCAGGAACAAACAAAGUACCAAAGAUUGCUGAGAAUGGUGAAGAGGGUGCAGAAAUGUGGUUAGAAUUGGAGCUGAAACUUGUUGCUGAUGUUGGAAUAGUUGGUGCUCCAAAUGCAGGAAAGAGCACCCUCCUCAGCAUCAUAAGUGCUGCUCAGCCAACAAUAGCUAACUAUCCCUUUACAACUUUACUUCCUAAUCUGGGAGUGGUUUCAUUUGACUAUGAUGCAACAAUGGUUGUAGCAGAUCUGCCAGGUUUACUUGAAGGAGCACACCGAGGUUUUGGUUUAGGCCAUGAGUUUCUAAGACACACUGAAAGAUGUUCUGUUCUGGUGCAUGUUGUUGAUGGUUCAGGACAACAUCCAGAGUAUGAAUUUGAUGCAGUUCGUCUGGAGUUGGAGUUGUUUAGCCCAGAGCUUGCUGAAAAGCCCUAUAUAGUUGCCUAUAACAAAAUGGAUCUUCCAGAGGCAUCUGAAAAGUGGAAUACAUUCCAAGAAAGCCUACAAAGACGUGGUAUUGAACCUUUCUGCAUGAGUGCAGCAAACGGACAGGGCACUCAUGAAGUAGCUUGUGCUGCUUAUGAGCUACGAAAAAAAGCAGAGGCAAACAAGGAAGUUGAAGGUCGGGCUGAUCCAGUAAACUUGAAUCAUGUAGCUGACAUGGUACAUAAGCAAAGAAGUGCUUCCAUUAAUAACUUCGAGAUCUUUCAUGAUAGCGGUUCCAAUACUUGGCAUGUAGUCGGUGCAGGCAUACAACGUUUUGUUCAAAUGACAAACUGGCAGUAUUCAGAAUCUAUGAGGAGGUUCCAACAUGUCUUGGAGGCAUGUGGUGUGAACAAAUCUCUUGUUAAACUUGGUGUUAAAGAAGGAGAUACGGUGAUUGUUGGUGAGAUUGAAAUGGUAUGGCAUGAUUCCAAUGACAAAUUUGGACUGUCAAAUAUGAAGAAGGGGCCACAAGGUUCUGUCAAAUGGCCUGAGUGGAAGUAGUUAACCUAUUUCUAUGCUCACGCUGACUACUUGCUGGUAAAACAAGGUAGCGGGUUAUUAGUCAGGCUGAAGGUCCAAGGAAUCUUCCAUUGCAAACUGUUCUGCGGCCCAAAAUGGCCUACAUGCUGUUAAUUGGGUAAAUUUGAGCCCCUAAUCCCUUGCCAUAUGUUCAGAAUAAACCCAUCUUUUUAGGCAAGUUUAACAUUAAAGCAUUAAUACUUUUAGCAGCCAAUAUUACUUGUGGAAAAUACCAAUAAUGGAUGGGGUUCAGGGCUGGUAUGGACUGGAGGAUUGAAUAGGUGGGAUGUCCAGACGGUUUCCUACUUGGUGUUCUCAGAUUGACCAAAUCAUCUCUCCACGUAGCAAGCAAGAUAUGACAGGUCAUGUAGGGAAGCGCCCUACUUUACCCAACUAGGGAACCCUUACAUAUUCUUGUAUGGAGAAAAUCACAAAUGGCUGAUAAACAUGAGAGUUCAGCUUGGUACCAAUGUCUCCAGUCUCCGUCACCCUGUGAUUCCAUCUGAGAAGUUAUCUUUGGUUUAGUUUGAAAAUAAUCCUUUAGAGCAUAUAGUGGGAUUUUCCAGUUGAGGUUUUUCUUUAUAUAUAUAUAUAUAUUCAAGCAUUCUAUGUUUAUAUCCCAAUAGUUGUAUUUUAAUUGCACAACAGAUAUAAAUUGGGAAGGCUUUGUUGGAUUUAGUUUAUUGAUUUGGAAGCAAACCAAAGUGGGCCUCCUGACCAAAAAGUUUCAUUUGGAGACAUUUUCGAGAUCUCAUAAGAACCUAUUAUCUUAGGUCAGAUCAUCUUGGAAUGGCUAAAAAGCUUAUAACAAGACAAUAGUCUUAAACUCAUUUGUAGGGUAGGAUCCUAUAAAUCUGGAUGCUAAUUUCUGUAUUCUACACAGAAGAUUGAAUGCUAUGCCUAAAUUUUCUCUCUAACGCAGAAAUAACAACUGCAACCUUGGGGGGAAAUACUUUUCUUGUUUUCCUUCUUUUUUCUCUUUGGGAAAGGAGAAGUUUGCAAGUUUAGAUAUACAGCUUGAUAGGAGUUGUUUAUUAUAUUUUAUAGGAAGUUUCUGAACAUUUCACUGUAAUUUAAACUUCUGUACCGUAAAUAAACUGGCGAAAUUAUGAUA